AUGUCUGAACCAAACGUGGAAAAGGAGCCCGGCCCUCAGGGCGACUCGCCUGUAGAGCAAAACCCACCAGAAAAGAGGAAAAGAGAGUACAAGGAAUUCACUCACGAUGAAGAGAAACCAACUCAUGCCAAUGUUGACAUGUCUCUGAUCGAGUUGAAGGCAGAGGACCUCUAUGACAAGGAAAAGGUCGACCUAGAAACUAUCGUUAUCGAAGACGUCUUCAAACUCCUGCAAUGUAAUGAUGGUGGAUUAACGACUGAUGAGGCUCAGCGCCGUGUUGAGCUUUUCGGUCCCAACAAGCUGGAGCAAGAAGAGCAAAACGCUUUCUUCCAAUUCUUGAGUUUCAUGUGGAAUCCUCUUUCCUGGGUCAUGGAGGGUGCCGCUCUUGUGGCUAUUGUCUUGUCCAACGGUGACCAUCAACCUCCGGAUUGGGAAGAUUUCGUCGGUAUUAUCCUUCUCUUGUUCAUUAACUCUACGAUCGGUUUCUACGAAGAACGCAAUGCUGGUAACGCUGUCAAAGCUCUGAUGGAUUCUCUUGCCCCCAAGGCGAAAGUCAAGCGUAACGGUUCAUGGUCGGAAAUCGAGUCUUCCGGUCUCGUCCCUGGAGACAUGGUUUCUUUCAAGAUUGGUGACAUUGUCCCCGCUGACUGUCGUUUGACUGAGGCUAUCAACGUCUCGAUCGAUCAGGCAGCUUUGACAGGUGAAUCCCUGCCCCAAAGCAAGAAACUCGGUGAUCAGUGUUUCUCUGGCUCCACCUGUAAGCAGGGUGAAGCUGAGGGUGUUGUCAUUUCGACUGGUGCCAACACUUUCUUCGGUCGUGCCGCUUCACUCGUCGGUCAGGAUGAUGACACCACUGGUCACUUGCAAAAGAUUCUUGCUCAAAUCGGUUCUUUCUGCUUGGUCUCCAUCGGUAUCUUCGUUGUCGCUGAAAUCCUCGUGCUCUAUGCUGGUUUCCGUUACAACUAUCGUCGCGGUCUUAACAACAUCCUUGUGCUUUUGAUCGGUGGUAUCCCCAUUGCUAUGCCCACUGUCUUGUCCGUUACUCUCGCUGUCGGUGCUCAGCAACUCGCCAAGCACAAAGCUAUUGUCACUCGUAUCACUGCUAUCGAGGAAUUGGCUGGUGUCACCAUCUUGUGCUCUGACAAGACUGGUACUUUGACCACCAACAAACUUACCAUCGACAAGGCUACUAUCCGUACCUAUGGUCCCUUCUCUGCUGAUGAUAUCAUGCUUUUGGCUGCCUACGCUUCUCGUACUGAGAACCAGGAUGCCAUUGACGCAUCGAUCGUGGGAGCUAUUGGCGACACCAGCCGUGCUCGUGCGGGUAUCAAACUCUUGGACUUCAAGCCUUUCAACCCUGUCGACAAACGUACUGAGAUUACCUACCGUGAAGAGUCGUCUGGCAAGCUCAAGCGUGUUACCAAGGGUAUGACCGGUAUCAUCAUCGAACUUUGCACUCGCAACAAGACCGAUGAACUUGAGAACAGACUCGAGGCUGAUGUCGAGGAGUUCGCUAGCCGUGGUCUCCGUGCUCUUGCUGUCGCAUACGAGGAGGUGGAUGGCGAUGACGCAGAAGGUGAGGGUAACGGCUUUGAACUCAUCGGUCUUCUCGCCAUCUUCGACCCUCCUCGUGAAGAUACUAAGCAGACUAUCGACGAUGCGCUCGCUCUCGGUGUUAAGGUCAAGAUGGUGACUGGUGAUCAACUCGCUAUUGCCAAGGAAACUGGUCGUCGUCUCGGUCUCGGUGAUCACAUGUACCCCGCUAAAGUGCUCAAGGAUGGACCUGCACCUGGUGGCAAGCACAUGACUCUUGAUGACAUGAUUUUGGAUGCAGAUGGUUUCGCUGGUGUCUUCCCCGAGCACAAGUAUGAGAUUGUGAAACGUCUCCAAGGUCUUGGUCACUUGUGUGCUAUGACUGGUGAUGGUGCCAACGAUGCUCCUGCCUUGUCUCGUGCUAACGUCGGCAUUGCUGUUGAGGGUGCCACUGAUGCCGCUCGUGGUGCUGCCGAUAUUGUGCUCACGGAGCCCGGUCUUUCCACCAUCGUUCAUGCUAUCCGUGGAUCUCGUGUCAUCUUCCAACGUAUGAGGAACUACUCCAUCUAUGCAUGCGCUGUGACUAUCCGUAUCGUCGUGUGUUUCGCUAUCCUGGCUUUCGCGUUCAAGUUCGACUUCCCUCCCUUCAUGGUCCUGAUCAUUGCCCUACUCAACGACGGUACCAUCAUGACUUUGUCCGUUGAUCGUGUCUUGCCCUCUAUGACUCCUGAUUCCUGGGAUUUGGCUGAGAUCUUCGCCUACGCUGUUGCCUACGGUAUCUACUUGACUGCCUCUACUGUCGCAUUGGUGGCUAUCAUCAUCAAGACUUCCUUCUUCUACGACAAGUUUGGUGUCACUUUCAUGAACAACGCUGGUGGGCCUCAGAUAUUCCCCAACGGUAACAACGACUACCAGCUCCACAUGAUUGUCUACCUCCAAGUUGCUAUCAUCUCGCAGGCGUUGAUUUUCGUUACUCGUUCGCACGGAUUCUUCUUCAUGGAGCGUCCUUCGUUCGCCUUGAUGGGAGCUUUCUGCAUCGCUCAAUUGGUGUCCUCUAUCAUCGCUGCUUAUGCUAACUGGGGCUUCACUCAAAUCCAUGCCAUCUCUGGUGGUUGGAUCGGUAUUGUCUGGGUCUGGAACAUCAUUUGGUUCGCUCCUCUCGAUUGGAUCAAGUUCGCCAUGAAAGCUACUGUUAUCAAAUACCUCCGUGAACGUCAUGCCAAGGCUACCCAGGCCGCCGUUGCUGCCAGCCAGGAGUCCGGUGGCGUCCCUAUCACCCGUACCCAAUCCCGUGCUGCAUCUAUCCAUGAGUCGAUGUACCAGAACCGUGUAUCCUUCAUCAAGCGUGCUGCACGUAAAGUCGGCUUUGGUAGCAAAAUUUCUAUGAAGCCCGAGGAGUUGCAGAGGUUUAGCAGUAUCCAGGCUCAGCGUACGGGCGCAACCCUUGCCCGCAACCCAAGUCGUACUGCUGCAUAGACGAAUGGAACCUCUCCCUCGCAUUCGCCUCCGCCCUGUUUUAUACAUACAACGAUAUCCAUGUAAAUCUAGAGAUAAGAGCUCCCCCGCCUGCACUUGUCUGGUGUCAUCCCUCUCCUUCAUAUCGCAAUUUACAUUGUUCAUAUAUACGCAAUUUUGUUUGGCAUCGGAUACCUGUCGUCGGUCGGCCCUUUCUCUUCUUUUUAUGCGGCUUGGCGCAUCGCGGUCUCGGUUCACGUUCCUUCUCUUCUUUCUUCAUCCCUAAUGUUAACAUCUACGUUGUCUCAUUUUGAUGCGACGUUACGUCCUCCGUCUCAUGAUGAGUGAUACAUAAGUAAUAUUAUACAAGUAAUUGUUUUACAACGAAAAAUAUGACGAAUUUCAUAGAUUUUACAUAAAC